GGAGGGGGCCCGGCGCAACGCCGGGGUCUCUGCCGCCGCCGCCGGCAAGGCGCGCAGAGGGUGGAGUGGCCGGGCGGCGCGGUGGGCGUUGAUUCCCCCCUCUCGCUCGCGGUCCCCGCCGCCCCCUCCCACUCCCCCGCCCGUUCCUCUGCCGGCCGGCCGCGCUCCUCGCCUCCCUGCCCGGGCGGGCGCGGCCAUUGCGGCCCCCGGCUGGGCUGGCAGGAGGAUGAUCACCAACACGCGGGGCUUUCUUUGGUCGGACCUGGAGACGCGGGCGCUGCUGGAGAUCUGGGGGGAGGCGGACGUGCAGAGCGCGCUGGACGGCAACUUUCGCAACAGCCAUGUGUACCGGGACGUGGCCUGCCGCCUGGCCGAGCUGGGCUUUGAACGCACCCCGGAGCAGUGCCGCAUCCGCAUCAAGGGCCUCAAGCGCCAGUACUACCAGGCCCGCGAGGGACUCAAGAAGAACGGGCACGCCCGCAAGAUCUGCAAAUACUACGAAGAGAUGCACCGCAUUCUCAGCUGCAGGCAAGGCGGGCACGGCCUCGAUGGGCACGGAGUGGCCGAGCGGCCCCUGACUCCCGCGGAGAUGAUGGUGGCGGCGGCGGCGGCCGGAGACGAAAGCCACCACCAGCCCGCCAUGGUGCUCGCCGCGCCCCCUUCCGCCAGACAGAGCGGCCUCCGGAACAGCCGCCAGGCGGACGCGGAGGAGCAGGACGACGACGACGACGAUGACGAUAAGGAGGAAGACGAGGAUGGUGGCGAGCUGGAGUCUUCCCCGCCGGACAACUUCCAGGACGAUUCGGGCGAGUGCUCUUCUUACGCCGACCACGCCAUCAAAGUGGAAUGUCCCCCCUUCGCCAUCCCGCUCCCACCUGCUGAAAGUUUUAAACAAAUUAAUGCUCACACCAAUGCACCACCAUUAUUAUCUCAGGCUAAAAGAUCAAAAAAGCGACAUGCAAAUUUAACACUGGACAAAAUGAUGGAAAAGUUUUUGCAACAAAGUAUGGAUACUGAAGAGAAGUUUUAUAAAUAUGAAGAACAACGACUUAAAAUUGAAGACAAACGACGUGAAGCAGAACAUGCCAGGGAGCUCCAGAUGUUGCAGAUGUUGGGACAGAUGUUAGCAGGAAUCUCUUCCACAGUAUCACAAAGGUCCCAGUUUAUACCAAGUAAUCCUUCACAAAGAUCAAAUCACCGAUCGUAUGGAGAAAAUUUUAACUAUAAUUCUAUGACAGCAACAUUAUCUCCACCCAUAGUUAUAGAGAGAUCUUUUUCAGUUCACAAAACACAUUCUGUAAAGGAAAUGGAAAAUAUAUUUCAAUUGGUGAGAAAUGUUAUUCCACCUUUAACUGCCAAAAAACAUAAAGGCCAAGAUGGACGAAUAGGAAUUGUUGGAGGAUGCCAAGAGUAUACAGGGGCACCAUAUUUUGCUGCAAUUUCUGCUCUCAAAGUGGGGGCAGACCUAUCCCAUGUAUUUUGUACCAAAGAUGCAGCAACUGUAAUAAAAUCUUACAGUCCAGAGCUUAUAGUUCAUCCAGUUCUUGACAGCCCUGAUGCUGUGCGUGAGGUAGAAAGUUGGUUGCCACGACUUCACUCAGUUGUCAUUGGGCCAGGUUUGGGAAGAGAUGAUUUAUUACUUGAACAUGCCAAGGGCAUUAUAGAAAAAUCCAAGGUCAAAGGAAUUCCUAUUGUAAUUGAUGCUGAUGGUUUAUGGCUCAUUGCCCAACAGCCUUCUCUCAUUCAGGGUUAUCCUCGAGCUAUUCUUACCCCAAAUGCUAUGGAAUUUAGCAGACUCUAUGAAGCAAUGCUUAGAGAUCCUGUAGAUAACAAUGAUUAUCAUGGCUGUCUGUUAAGGCUCAGCCAAGCCUUGGGGAAUUUGACAAUUGUCCAGAAAGGCGAACGAGACCUCAUUUCAGAUGGAGAAAAAGUGCUUGUAUGUAGCCAUGAAGGAAGCAGCAGGAGGUGUGGGGGACAAGGAGACAUCCUCUCUGGGUCCCUAGGAGUCCUAGCACACUGGGCCUUUCUUGCAGGACCAGAAAAAACAAAUGGUCAAAAUCCCUUUCUAGUGGCUGCAUUUGGAGCAUGUUCACUUACAAGGCAGUGCAACAACCAAGCCUUUCAGAAAUUUGGACGGUCUAUGACAGCCUCUGACAUGGUUUUAGAAAUUGGAACAGCCUUUAAUAAACUCUUUGAAACCUAAGACCAAAGCAGCAGAAGAGGAAAAAGAAGAACAAGUCUAGCAGCCACGAAAGUUACAGUAGGAUAUCCUUGUACAAUGCACCCCUUUUCAAGUGCUGUUAACAGUAAUGGUAUACUAGGUAGUUUUUAUUUUUUAAAAUAAAAAGUGUAGGUAUUUUUAAAGGGUUUGGAAUAUUUUUUUCUUUCCCUUUUUUGGGAUGAAUAAGCUGUAGUUGCAGAUGUUAUAAUAAAACAAAACUGAAAGUAUUUCCUCAGUUCUAUCUUACAGGUUGGUUUUUGAGCAAUAACUACUAGUAGCAAAAAUAUUCACUUGAUAGGCAACAUAAAGAUCAGCCAUCUGUGGAUUCAUAAGCCCCAUAUAUAUGUAAUUUGAAUUCAACAGGGCUUAUUUUCUAGUAAAUACUUAAAGGUCUGUGGAUUCCCAGUCAUCCAGGUCAUGGUUGUCUCAAAGAUGCUUUUUCAAAAGGCACCUGGACCAUGUUUUUUCCUUGAGGAAGAUGAAGUUUCACUUCUUAUCCAAGAAGGUAAGGAUGGAAGGAUCAUAUUUCUUUGCAGUCAUCUUGGUCUUUAGCACUCUCUCUGAGACCAUACUCUCUGAGACUCAGUGACUCUCAAAGAGAGUGCUAACAAUCAGAUGACUGAAAAUAAAUGCAAUCCCUCCAUUGCCACCCACCCUCCCCCCAUCAUCCAGUUAGAACUGAAGAAGCUUCUUGGAUGAUAAGUGAAACGUCUUGUGUUUCUCAAGGAAAACACAGUCAAGCUGCCUUUUGAAAAAUCACUAAUUAUUUAAAUGUUCAUGGCCCUGGACUUAACUAAUUUCAGUGGAAUGAAAAUGAACUAUAUGUGAAAAUGGGAUUUUAAAGUACUUUGGUGGCUUGUAUUACAAUAUUCUUCCACUAGCUCUCAGCUUCCUAAUUUGAUUUGCAAGAAUUAAUUUGUUUGUUCUCGCAACAAUUACAGAGGUUCAGUUCUGUGCACUUAGUAUGCCACUUUUGAUAAGUGCCAUCUUUGAGCAGAGACUGCAUGCAAAUUGCCUUUGACUCCUUGGUCUGUAAAGACACUCAUUUUUGUUCCUUCUUGAAAGGAGGGGGGAAGGUUGGAAAUGCGUUGUUAGUUUUUGUUGUACAGCAGCACCAAGAAGCUGUAAAUCAUGGCAUGUGAAAAUAGAAUUUGUUUAGCUGAAUGUAUUAAAGCUUCAUCUAUUAUUCAGUGCUAGUUUAGAACAUAAAACCAAAUCAUUUGCGGAAAAAUUAGGCAUACUUAGAAUUAGGGGUUCAGCAGGUCGUAUUACAAAAGGGGGAAUGUUUUAGAAACAGUUCACCGUAAGCAAUUCUUGCAUAGUCUUUGCACAUAGAUAGCUGUCAAUGGAAAGUGUCCUUCAUGCUUUUAUACUAGCAUUAAAAAUCACCUUUUAACAUACUACUGCAUGUGGACGUGUUUUUAGAGGGGAAAAAAAAGUCACCAGCAUUGAAGUGAUUCAAAAAUGAAAAGUGAAGAAUUAACCUGAAUUGCACAAUAAGAUCCAGAUUGCAACAUAGAGAGAAGAUAGUUCAAAGUUCAAUAGCAAUUUAUUCUUAAUAUUCAGCAUCAUUGUAAUAAAGGCUAUAGAAUCACUCAAGCAUUCAGCUGCCCUAAGUGUAUCCUUUACUUCAGCUUUACUGAAUGAAAAAGUUUAAUUUGGUAUGAUUGAUGAACUAAAUAUUUUGAUUUCAACAGUUUCAUCUCGUAAUAAUGGUUUUCAAAAGACUGCAUAGAAAGAUGAUGGAAUAUAACUGGUUUACUUGAAUGAUUAACAACCUACGACUAUGCAUAUUUACUCAGAAAUAAUGUCCAACAAUUCAGUGGAGCUUAUUCCAAAGUACAUGUGGACAAUGUAAGCCUUAGUGUAUACUUUCUAGUGCGAAAUUAACACUCUUCUUUGUGUAUGGAUAAUUGCUACUGGGGUUUGUCACAUGUUACAGUACCGUUUAAUGCUAACUUUCUUUGUGCAAGCAAGAAAUUGCUCUGUAUAAAUUCAGUGCUUAUGAUUAACAUUUCAAUGCACUGAGAUUUCUACCUCAGAACAAUACAUUUGUUUUCUUUAUAUUAAGAGUCUUCUUCUUCUUCGGUUGUUUCAAAGUUCAGAGCACACAGCUCAUUGAAAAAAUUACGAUACAGGUUCUGCUCCUUGGAAGUAGGCGUGAAGGAUCGCUCUACUAUUUGUGGAGGAAUAAGACAGCGGGGAAGAAUGGUGGGCCUCUGCCUUGUUUCCGGUUGUACAAAUUGUCAUGAUUUUGCUUUCUGAAUUUUUGAAUUGACUCUGAACAAGAGCCUGUUUCUCUGGAACCAAAAAUAUUUCAAAACCAGAAUCUGCCUGAAGCAGAUCUCAUAUUGAAUUCCUACUUCUAGAAAAUUGCAGUAGAACUUAAUCCUUAUUCUUCCUAUCUGUGUAGGUGACUAGGAUGUUAUAAUACACAGAAGUUUUACAUGACUAGUCUCCACAUCUAAACCACUCAGUGCAAUUUUUUUAUUUCUUGCAUGUUGAAGGGAAUCUACGGUAGGACAUGCAAGUUUUUGUCUAAACCCCUAUAUCUCUCAUGUCUGCUCCAUUAUACAAUCUGAAGUUAUUUGAGAUACAAAAGGCAAGUCAACCAUUCAAGACGCUUCAUUUGUGGGUGUUAGACCCAUAAAGUGGAACGGGUUCCCUGUGUUGUUGAACUCAUGGCAAGUUUUUGACAAAAGGAAGAUGUUAAUCAUACACUAUAUGUUGUUUUCAGUUAACAUGUACCAGAGUUCUCCCAUAAAUUUGAAACCAUCAUUAGACCUGAGUGAUGGGAAAGGUGAACAUUUAAGUUAAAUUUGUAGGGAAACCAAAUGUCCAAUUUUUCAGGUGGCUCAGAUGAAUAACUACAUUAAAUCUGCCUGUUUUUUAUGUUGUUCACUAGUGUAUAAAGAUUUACAUUUGAAACUUUCUGAAGCUGUAGGAGUUUCUUUUGAGGAAAUAAAAAUGA